AUGAAGGUUGAUAUUCAUAAUCAUAUUUUACCAAAGGAGUGGCCCGAUUUGAAGCAGAGGUAUGGCUAUGAUGGAUUUGUCCAGCUUCACCAUCACUGCAAGGGUGAAGCGAACAUGAUGAAGGGUGGGAAGCUGUUCCGAGUGAUCCAAGAGAACUGCUGGGAUGCAAACGCACGCAUAAGGGACAUGGAUCAACAUGGUGUCACAGUUCAAGCCCUUUCUACUGUCCCUGUGAUGUUCAGUUACUGGGCCAAACCUCAUGACACGCUGGAUCUCUGUGUCAUUCUAAAUGAUGAUUUGGCCCAGACAGUGCGCAGCCACCCCACAAGGUUUGUGGGCCUGGGCACUCUGCCCAUGCAAGCCCCUGACUUGGCCGUGCUGGAGAUGAGGCGCUGUGUGAAGGAGCUGGGCUUCCCUGGGGUGCAGAUUGGCUCACAUAUCAACAACUGGGACCUCAACGCCACUGAACUCUAUCCUUUCUAUGCUGCAGCAGAGGAGCUGGGCUGCUCCAUAUUUGUCCACCCGUGGGACAUGCAGACAGACGGGAGGAUGGCUAAGUAUUGGCUGCCCUGGCUGGUGGGCAUGCCGUCAGAGACAACCAUGGCUAUUUGCUCGAUGAUAUUCGGAGGCAUCUUUGAGAAAUUUCCUAAAUUGAAAGUCUGCUUUGCACAUGGAGGUGGUUCUUUUCCAUUCACCGUUGGCAGAAUUGAACAUGGCCACAAAGUCCGCCCUGACCUGUGUGCAGUGGACAACGAGAUCAGUCCACGGAAAUGCCUCGGUUCUUUCUACACCGACUCCCUCGUUCACGAUCCCAUCUCCCUGAAGCUGCUGAUCGACGUAAUUGGAAAAGAUAAAGUAAUGCUGGGAACAGAUUAUCCAUUCCCGCUGGGUGAGCUGCAGCCUGGAUCACUGAUUGAGUCAAUGGAUGAAUUUGAUGACACACUAAAGGAUAAAUUGCUUGCUGGAAAUGCAGUGGAAUUUUUGGGCCUGAAACGAGAACAAUUUGAGUGA